AUGACCUCCUACGCGACCAGUCUCAACUUCAUUUUCUUCUAUAUGACAUGGUCGACCCUAGUGCUGUCGCACUCUCCACUGCGUGUCGAGCUGGUCAGCUCAGCAGCAGUGCGCGUACUAUUCUUCGUGCUACCUUCCAUUCUUUUUUUCUUGUUCGACAUCCUCACCCCGUCUGCAGCCGUGCUCGUGAAGGCGCAGGGUGAGGCCGGUCUACCCAGCGGCAGGAAGAAGGGCAAGGUUCGCACGCGAGAAUUCAAGGUUGCAGCCUGGUCGCUUUUCAAUGUGCUUCUUGGGACCGUCCUCCAAGCUGCGGUCGAGACCUUGCUGGUCCAGGGUCUUGCCAUCCGCAGUGCGGUGAAGGUGUCUAUGAGGCUCCCCAUGCCGUGGGAGAUGGGCAAGGGCCUCAUACUUGGCUUACUGAUUCGCGAGGUUUUGACUUACUAUGUUCACCGUUAUGUCUUGCACAAUUCGAAAUCAGUCUUCACGAGAUACAUGACUCGGGCCCAUCAGUCAUGGUACCACAGUCUGAGGACACCGUUCCCACUCACUGCGCACUACGACCACCCGCUGGUUUACCUCCUUGUUCGCUUCCUUCCUACGUAUUUGCCAGCCUUGCUUCUUCGUCUCCAUAUGCUCACCUACGUGCUCUUCCUGUCCACUGUGUCUCUUGAGGAGACGUUUGCGUAUUCUGGAUACACUGUUAUGCCAACAAGCUUUUUCUUGGGGGGUAUGGCACGUCGGACUGAUGAGCAUCUGCUUGAGGAUGGCGAGGGCAAUUUUGGUCCUUGGGGUAUUUUGGAUUGGGUCUUUGGAACAAGCAUUGGAGACUCUAUUGAGGAUGAUGCCAUGGCAGAAUUGGAUGAGCUCGAGGUUGAGAAACAGGUUCGAAAAGCCAUGGAAGCUUCUAAGAGGAAGAUUAGGGAAGGCACAUUGAGGAGGCAUACACGGCCUCGGAGCUAG